GUAUGAUACCGUACCUACUGUUAAUAUGGGGUGCCCUGGGAGCUUCUGAGGCUCUCCCAGAAUGCCAAAUCAAUGAAAUUUGCUCAAACUGCAGCCUAAAAGCAGAGCUCUCAACAAAAUGUGAAAUAAGCCAAGAUGUCAAAGAAGCCUUUCUUUUUUGUAAUCCAAGGACAAAAAAAAUCGAUAUCGAACACAGUUCCUAUUUGACGUGCACAAAUGGUACCUGGAAGCAGGAGAUUUGCUCAGAGGAUGGACGGGUGCAUUUCAGUCUGAGUACCCGGGAUUGUGUGGAUCCGGCUAUGCAGGUUUUCCACUCACAGGGGACUUCUGGAUCCGGUCGGGUUGGAGACGUAUGUUCCUUUAACACAGAUUGCCUUGGCGGAAUGUUCUGUGCAAUUGGUCAAUGUAGAUGUCUAUCGACUUAUGUCGCUGUCGAUGCUUAUUGUUAUGAAAAAAUCUCGCCAUCCGAUUCCGGGUGCUUCUACGAUACCCAAUGCGCAUCGGUCUGGCCAGAUUCCUACUGUAAAAACGGACAAUGUAUGUGCCCGUCGGAGGAUAUGAUCGCAGUUAAGACCAAAGACGGUACCCUCUGCGUGUGGUCCACAAGCUCCGAGCCAUCCUGCCCGCUGCCUUCCCUCCCGCCUCCGGACUCGCCGUCGAGUUUGGUGGUUCUUCCAGCGGCUGCUGGUAAAACCAGUGUAACAAUUGCUCCGUGCAACCCGCACAGCUCGGACACUCCAAAACGAGAGGAGGACCUUUUGGGCAAACAGCACGACUUCAAGUGCUCGGUUCGGGGAUUCCUAGGAGAUGAGCCGGAGCCACAGGAUGUCUCCGACCUGUACGACUGCAUAGACAACUCGAAAUUCUGGAAGGAUCAGGGAAUGGAUACAAGUUCCCAUCCAAUCGGUGUAUGUUGUAUGAAUCGAGCUUUUACCUGCAUGCAACCGAAAAAAGGAGAAUCUGAUGCACUUGGCUCCGUGCCAAGAUGGUAUUUUAACUCUGUGAUGGGCUCUUGUCAGCAGUUUCUGUUCGAUCCAACUGGCUCAGAAGUGUCCCCGAAUAAUUUUGAGACUCUGGACCAUUGUGAGAGUUACUGCAAAGAUACCUGUCCACGUGGAAAUCCAGCCUACCUUUCCACCAAAGGGUCUCCGAACAGUGCUCGUCUACCACAAACCGGAUGCUCCACUGCUAAUCCUUGUACGGAUCCAUUUGUGUGCACAGAAGUCGCUAGUCAGUCAAUGUGUUGUGCGAGCAGAAAAUCAAUCUGCAGUGAAGCUGGUGCAAGAUCCAAGGAUCCUCUCCGUAAUACUCCCUAUGAUGCAGGACACCGUUUUGACCAGCUUACCGGUGAAGCCGCCAACUUCGCAGUGGGCAUCAGUACCCGUUACUACUAUAAUCCAACAGAUGGGCAAUGCCAUCCGUUCACUUUUAAUGGAUUUUUGGGAAAUUUCAAUAAUUUCCAAAAUCAAGCCGAUUGUCAACUGUUUUGUGCCAGAUUGCAAUGUCCCCACGGAAGCCCCCUGACCAAUGGAAAUGGGUCCCCUCAGAGAUGUGCCCGAGACACGGACUGCCCAUCAACCCAUACAUGUGCCAUGGAGCAUCAAGUCUGCUGUCCAACUCCACAAACCCUCUGCACCGAGCCCCUCAGAGUUGGAGACUGCAAACAAAGUGUCCGGCAAUUUUGGUACAAUGCGGAGACGAAAACCUGCGAAUCAUUCCUCUACACAGGCUGCCAGGGAAACAAUAAUCGCUUCAAUUCACUGAACGAGUGUCAGAGUUAUUGUAAAAAUAUUAACGCCGAACCAAAAUGCCCACAAGGACGUGCUUACGUGGAUUUUUCUGGAAAAUUCAUGCAAUGCGGCGAGGGGCUCGGCGGAACAGCCUGCCCAGCCAACUAUGAGUGCACUUUUGACGGUUUGGUGUAUGGAUGUUGUCCCAGCAAAGCCUACACGUGUUCUCUGCAAGUGAAUAAAGGAAUCGGAUGCGGAUCCGGUUCCAGUUAUCGAUAUUAUUACAAUAAUCAGGCGAAGGAGUGCCAAUCCUACCUAUUCCUGGGAUGUGACGGCAAUUCCAACAACUUCCCAUCAAUCGAAAAAUGCCAAAAUUAUUGCGAAAUUGCUAUUUGUCCGAACGGCGGGAGCCCGCUCCGAGCCAACUCAAAAGUCCGCUCGUGCUCGACACACGAGCCGUGUCCAGUUGGCUAUGAUUGCAGUGUGGUAGAGGCGAACGGGGUGAUGCAAAGAAGGUGCUGUCCAUCGAAAGUAUCGAUUUGCUCAAAGCCACCGCAAAUGGGAAUGUUGCCGAAAUGCAGCAGUGGAAGCGGUCAGACAAGAUACUACUUCAACAUGGCCUUACAAACCUGCAGCUCCUACACCUCCAACGGCUGUGACACCUCCCUAAACUCCUUUAACUCAGUCUCAGAAUGCGAGGACUUUUGUAUGUCGGCAGGCUGUUCCCUCGGAGAUACCGUAUACAAGGAUCCCAACACCAAUAAGCCCUUCGUAUGUAAUACUGCUCUACAGAACAACUGCCCAAUCAACUACGACUGCACCCUGAACGCCUUGACCCAGGAGCACACUUGCUGUGGCUCAGACGGUCAGGGUGUUUGCCCGAGCGGCGAGAAGGCGUUCAUGGAUCCUCGGACCAAUAGCCCCCGGCAAUGUGCAAUGGCGGCCGAUGGAAAGUGCCCAGGAGGGUAUCUGUGCAGAUUCUCCCAGUCUAAUCAUAAGUACUACUGCUGUGGGAACAUUCAGGGAUCGAUGUGCCCGUCGGGAAGAUCCUUGUAUCGAUAUGCGACUACACAGCUCCCGGUGCAAUGUCAUAUUUCUCCAUUACAGUCUUCUUGUCCAAAUGGGUUCGCGUGUAUGAGCGAGGUGGCUGGCGCCUUCCAGGGAUACUGCUGCUCGCAUAAUCCAAUCUGCCCCGGUGAGGUAGCCUUCCACCAGGACGAGAAGACGCAGCUCCCGACAACUUGCACAAAUGAGGGAUUCUCCUUCUGUCCGACCGGUUACACCUGCCAACAACAACCAGACACCCUAAACUUCUACUGCUGUCAAGGAGAGGAAACACACGGGAUAAACGACGGUUGUCCACCGGGACAAUACGCCUACGUCCAAGAAGAGGGCGUGGUCAAAUCGUGUGACCCAUUUAUGUCGGAUGACACGUGUCCGGUGGAAUUCACAUGCCAAUGGUCACUGAAUAAUCAGAAAUAUCAGUGCUGUGGGACCAGACCGACUCGGGCCGUCAAGCCUAUGAUCUACGAUGAUGGAUGUCCGAUUAAACAGUUUGCCCUGAUUGAUAAGAGGUCUAAUCAGACGAGAGCUUGCACGGCUGGAGAGGCGAAAUCUUGCCCGACAGGCUUUUUCUGCCAGUUUUCUGCCAAAAAAGGACAGUUCCAGUGCUGUGGGCAGAGUGGAGGUUGCCCGACAGGCCGAGCCGCCUUUAUCGCAAUCGACGGAAACUCUCAGGAAUGCCUACCGGGACCAGACAUGUGUUCCGACGGAUACGAAUGUGUGAAGAGCACAACUCACAAGAGCAAAAAUAUUUGUUGUAGUAAAGAAGAAGGAGGCUGUGGGGAUAACGAGGCAAUGGUUGACGGCGGUUGUGUGGUACGAGUGAAAGUUGGCGGAGGCUGUCAUACCAAUGAGGAAUGUGUAGAAGGGGCGGAUUGUGUUCAGAAUUCCUGCAAGUGCACCGGAAACAAAACCGAGCUCAAGGGAGAGUGCGUGGACGGCGACUGCUCCGACGACCAAAUCCGGCUCGACGGAAAGUGCGAGAACCGCGCAAAAAUGGGCGAAUCAUGCAAAUCAUCUCUCCAAUGUAUUUCAAAUUCCCGCUGUAUUUCCGGAAUCUGUGGGUGUGCGAAAGGAGAGCUCCCCGACGGAAAUUCCUGUAAAAAAGAGGUGAAAAAACCGCCGAAAAAGGACGAAAUUUGCGUGAUAAUGUCAGAAGAGCCACAUUUUGUGGAGGAGAAGCUUGUCUCGUGUGUUCUAACAAAUGAUGAUUGUCCAGUAGGCUUAAAGUGUCAAUUUAGUGAAGUUGCCAGCCAAAAUGUGUGCUGUGGUCCUAAAAAUUCGCCGAAAAACGCUACGGAAAAGCCCACAGAGCCCCCAACAACUCAAGCUUCAACUACAGUUGGAGCCAUAAUUGUGACAAAGAAGUCCAAGCCGAUAAAAGUUCCGGCCCAGCAUUGCCCGGCUCAAAUGAGCCCGUACUUGGUGAACGGGAGAGCCAAAUCGUGUGCCACCACCAGUUGUCCUUAUGGGUACCAAUGCAAGUUUUCUAAUACGGCGAAGGACUACUUUUGUUGCUCCAAACAAACGAAAAAGAGCAAUUCGAAUAGGAUACGAGGAGGAGGUUGUGAACGUGGAAACGCCCUUCUCUAUCCAUCAACUCAAGAAGCCGUCCAAUGCGACCCGCUGGCCCGGGGGUGCCCGCAGGGGUACCUUUGCCUGCCUCACGUUUUCACCAAAAAAUAUCAGUGCUGUUCGGUAUCAGCAAGUCGCGAUAAUAACACAGAUGAAGCUGAAAUCACUUGCCCCAGUUAUAUGGUAAAGUUGAUUGCGAAAGUGGAUGGAAAGUCACAGGUUAAAUGUGUAAAAUCCUGUCCAUCCGGACAAAAAGCUGUGAAUGGUCUCUGCACUGUUGAAUAAUAUCGAUUUUGUGAAUGUUCUCUCUAGCCUAUCAUCGUCCUUCUAUCUUGCUCUCUGGGGAUGUCUUUCAACGAUUCAUUAAUUUUUUGUUUUUUCUUCUUGUUUUAAAUUGAGAUUUCGUGUGAAAUUCGUUUGGUAGAUCAAAAUUGAUCAGUUUUGUGUGUUUUUCGAAUAAAUUUUUGGAUUUUUGCGUUA